CACCUCCCCCACCCCCCAUCCUAGCCUGCGAUCCGCUCCGAAGUUUGAAUAAUGCAGCAACGUGGGGCUGUUUCUCUCUCUUUCCUGCAGCGACCGCGUUGAAUGCCGGCGGGGCGAGGAGGGGAGUUGGCGAGAGGCGCCUGGCCUCUCAGCUCUGCCUCCUCCUCCUCCAGUAGCUGCAGGGAGCUGACAGCCCAGCGCUGGCCCUCAGCCCUGCGGUGUGAUCAGGGGAGCGGCUCCGGGUUGAGCAGAUCGGGGACGGGGGGUGGCUGCCCGAUGCCGGUGCGAUCUCCUGACGUGUGGGUGUAGUCACGGCUCUGCCGCUUCGCCUGGCCCCCGCGGAAUGGCCCGUCCCAGGCAGGGCUCUUAGCCCGCCCGGCGCACGAUGCGGAGCGCUGGCCGCGGCGCUGCAGGGACCCCGGCGGCUGGCCCCAUGCGCCCGGCCACGCGGCUGCGGGGCUGAAGCCCGGGGAAAGUUGCUCCCGGUGGAAGCAGCGUCGGGGGGAUGGUGCUGGCGCUGCCUUUCAGCCGGGGCUGGCUCUAAGCUCCCCCAGCCGGCGGCGGCUGCUGCGCCCGGGCUGCUCCGCGUAAACCAGUCCCACUGCGGAGUGAACGGGGAGGGGAACGGAGAAGCCGGAGACCCGCGGAGAUCCGGAGCAAGUGGGACGCGAUGCCGGAGACAAGGCAGCCUCGCCUCCGGAGCUGCUGCUUGCUUUGAAUGCUGAACACCGGGCGGAACCGUCCUUCCCCUGCCCUGCCGCGGGGGCUGCCGCCGCCGCCGCCGCUGCUGCGAGAUGGGAAGGGAUUGCCCGGGACUCGGCAGCGGAGCCGCUUUCAUCGCUGACCUUUUAGUCCAGGUUGGGCUGUGACCCCCGGCAGCGUUACACCCCGAGCCUGCCAGACCACCCCUCUGGUGUCCCUAUGGAAGCAGCUGUUUCUAUCUGAGAUUAGGACCGUAUGCAGAAGUUGAGGAGGGGGAUGGCUUGUCCUAUUCAUGAAGCCUGCAUACUUCUGUUGCUAAUACUUGGGUUGGUCACCCCAGCUGCCAUCAAUCAUGAAGACUACCCUGCUGAUGAAGGCGACCAGACUUCAAGUAAUGACAAUCUGAUCUUUGAUGACUAUCGAGGGAAAGGCUGUGUGGAUGACAGUGGCUUUGUAUACAAACUGGGAGAACGUUUUUUCCCAGGGCAUUCCAACUGUCCUUGUGUCUGUACUGAGGAUGGACCUGUUUGUGAUCAACCAGAAUGCCCUAAAAUCCACCCAAAGUGUACUAAAGUGGAACACAAUGGAUGCUGCCCAGAGUGCAAAGAAGUGAAAAACUUUUGUGAAUAUCAUGGGAAAAAUUACAAAAUCUUGGAGGAAUUUAAGCCCUCUCCAUGUGAAUGGUGUCGCUGUGAGCCCAGCAAUGAAGUUCACUGUGUUGUAGCAGACUGCGCAGUUCCUGAAUGUGUCAACCCAGUCUAUGAACCAGAACAGUGUUGUCCUGUCUGCAAAAAUGGUCCAAACUGCUUUGCAGGAACCACCAUAAUUCCGGCUGGCAUGGAAGUGAAAGUGGAUGCGUGUAACAUCUGUCACUGUCACAACGGGGACUGGUGGAAGCCUGCUCAGUGUUCAAAACGCGAAUGCCACGGCAAGCAGACUCUGUAGAGGCAAAAUCCAGACCAAUGACAAGUCUAUUAAAAGACAAAUGUAAUGGCUUCUACGCUGCACAUGUUAAACCUCCUGCCAGCUGCAAUAGGGUCACCAGCAAAACCUUUUAGGGUUAACAAAAGUGAAUAUUUUGCUAACAGGAAAGUUCUCUCACACACCAUAUACAGAAUAUAUAUCCCGUAGCUAGAUAUCUAAUCUGCUUUUGCUUGAUGGGGACUCAGUAGCUGAGGUUUUGGAAGGGGAAAUACCUGCACAAGUUCCUUCACUCAUACUUGUAGCUUAUCUAUCACUUCCUACAG